AUGAUAUCCACAGAGAGAGUGAAAUGCCACCCGUCAUGGGCCCAAACCGGCCCAAACACAUACUCCCAACCGUAUGGCUUUCAAGAAGUCCUCUACAACGCCAUCUCCGUCCCGCCCGGAUCCCCCGGCCUCUUUCUGAUAGGCUCAUCUAUCACCUUCAGCUACAACCCUUCCUCUCCAGCCGGUAGACUCUCUGCUCACGACCUAGCCCCUCUGCUCCGUAAUGCCUGGCUACAGAUGCGCCAGCAAUACCCAACGUUGGCAGCAGAGACCCAUCCCGAGGGGAAAAUAUACACCUCCCCAUCGUCCUCCGCCGAGCUAGAAGAAUGGCUUGCCGCCACCUUCAUCGUAACCCCAGGAAAGACAUCCGCCGAGCACUGGAGAACCAUGAUCAAGACAAGGCAAAUGACGAUGUACUUUUUUCCCGAGGAGCGCCAGCUGUUCCUGCAAGGGGAGCACCACAUCCUCGACGGGAGGGGGCUCAUGAAUUUCUGGGAUCGGUUCUUCAGGGCUCUUGCAUCGCCGGCCAAGGAAGAUAUAAUGAAGACAGAAGGAUCCGAAGUAUCACGUCUCCCUCCCCGAUCCGACGACCUCCUCGACAUGGCAGAAAAGAAACCCGGGCGCGGCGAGCAGCGCGCUUUGGAAAUCCUCGCACCGCUCGGCACCAUGAACGCGCCGAUCUGCUUGCCCGUGCCCCAUCCUCUACCUCCCUGCUCUCCACGGAACGCCGCGCUCGAGCUUCGACUCAGCACUCGCACCACAGAAUCUAUUACCGCCGCGUGCAAAGCUCAGCGCCUGAGCGUCACAGCCGUCUGGCACGCAGCCGUGGUCCUCGCCACCCGGUCCAUCCAAGCGAAGCGUAACUCGGUGCCGGGCGCAGGAGGAGGUACGCAGUUUGCCUGCUUUGGCAACUUCGAUCUCCGCCGCUACUUCCCUGCCCCAGACGCAACAACCCUACCCGACGCCUACGCCCUGAGCAACCACCACUGCGUGCUCCCGUAUGUUGUCACGCCGGAUGGCAAGACCUUCUCGCAAGUCGCGCGAGAGCUCGCCUCCUUCUACCAACAGGACCUGCCCAAGGCGGAUGCCGAGGUAUGGAGUGCGAUGGAGCCCAUGAUCCGCAUGCUGUUGCCCGGGUUCACUCGGACGCCGCUCGAGGAGACGACGCCGGCGUUGUCGAGUUUGGGGGUUGUGGAUCACUUUAUCGGUUCCUGGUAUGCCGAUGCUGGGGGACAGGGCGGUUGGCGGGUUGAGGAAGUGUGGUUUGGCGAUACCGUGACGGGGCCGUGGCUGGAGUGUUUCAUGUGGGCGUGGCAGGGGCGGCUGUCUUUGAAUUCAUGCUAUAACCCAGCCUACUACACGCACGCCGAGGUGGAUGAGUUCCAUCAGCUGGUGCUGGAGAAGAUGCUGGAUGGGAUGAGCAUCGUGGGCCAGGGGCCUUGUUGGAAGCUUUGA